ACUGCUCUGCCUGCAGUCAGUGGGGCAGGCUGGCCAGGCCGGGAGGAGGCCCAACAAUGGAGACAUCCUGGGGAGCUGUAUACCUCUUUUCAAUCUAGCACCGAUGCGGGAGGCUGUUUGGACACACUGAUUACUUCCCCCUUUGUCUGCCAGCCCAGCUCCACUCCUCCAGUCUGAGAAUCGCUCCAUGCAGCCCAGGGAGGAGCUGGACAGCUGAUCCAGGCUGUGCCUGCAGAGCCUGACAGGCCCAUGCUGCAGAUGGAGCCCUCCGUGGGACCAGGAGGCCAGGGCCACUGGUCAGGCCUCCUGUCUGUGCUCCUGGCUAUCCUUGGCAUCACCUGGGCAGAAAUGUGGCCACCCCAGCUGCCAGAACCGGCUCCAGUGCCAGGAGCCCUGAGCAGAAAGGAGAGCUUCUCACUUCUGUCCCUGCACAACCGCCUGCGCAGCCGGGUGCAGCCCCCAGCAGCCAACAUGCGGAGAAUGGACUGGAACGAGAGCCUGGCUCAGCUGGCUCAAGCCAGGGCAGCCCUCUGUGGCACACCAGCCCCAGACCCGGCACCUGUCCCACGGCACACCCCGCAAAUGGGCUGGAAUAUGCAUCUGCUGCCCGAAGGCUUGGUGUCCUUUACUGGAGUGGUCAACCUCUGGUUUGCAGAGGGGCAGCGGUACAGCUACGAGGCGGCUGAGUGUGCCCGUAAUGCCACCUGCACACACUACACCCAGCUUGUGUGGGCCACUUCGAGCCAGCUGGGCUGCGGGCGGCAUCUGUGCUCCAUGGGCAAAGCAGUGAUGGAAGCCUUCGUCUGUGCUUACUCCCCUGGAGGCAACUGGGAGGUGAAUGGGAAGACGAUUGUCCCCUAUAAGAAGGGCGCCUGGUGUUCACUCUGCACAGCCAGUGUCUCAGGCUGCUUCAAGGCCUGGGACCACGCAGGGGGGCUCUGUGAGGUCCCCAGGAACCCGUGCCGCAUGAGCUGUCGGAACCAUGGACACCUCAACAUUAGCACCUGCCACUGCCACUGUCCACCUGGCUACACAGGCAGAUACUGCCAAGUGCGGUGCAGCGUGCAGUGUGUACACGGCCACUUCCGGGAAGAGGAGUGCUCCUGCAUCUGCAGUGUCGGCUUCGGGGGAGCCCGGUGUGCCACAGCUCCUGUUACACAUUUACCAGCACACCACUCACUCCCGCCCUUCUCCAGCUGGGGCCAGCGGAAAGGGCACCUCCAGCUCAGCUCCCCGGCAGGGUGGGAGAAGGGGACGCCUGAGGGUGACACACACAUGCUCAGGCUCCCUGACACCCCACCCCCAGCCAAGGUGCGCUUUCCUUUCCACACCUGCGACCUGAGCAUCGACGGGGACUGCUUCACUGUGUCUUCGGAGGCAGACACCUAUUACGGAGCCAAGAUGAAAUGCCAGGGAAAGGGCGGGGUGCUUGCACAGAUUGAGAGUCAGAAAGUGCAGGACAUCCUCGCUUUCUACCUGGGCCGCCUGGAGACGACCAACGAAGUGACUGACAGUGACUUUGAGACCAGGAAUUUCUGGAUUGGGCUCACUUACAAGGUGGCAAAGGACUCCUUCCGCUGGACCACUGGAGAGCAACAGUCCUUCACCAGUUUUGCCUUCGGUCAGCCUGACAACCAGGGGUUUGGCAACUGUGUGGAGCUGCAGGCAUCAUCUGCCUUCAACUGGAAUGACCAACGCUGUAAAACCCGGAACCGUUACAUCUGCCAGUUUGCUCAAGAGCAUAUUUCCCGGUGGGACCCAGGGCCCUGAGCCUGGCCAGGCAGCUCUCCUGCCAGCCCCUGGGUGCACCAUCCCCGCUGCUGAUGCCUGUGUGCUCCCCUGGGCGAAACCAGAGUGGGCUGGGGUAACAGGCCUAACACGGGAGAGCUCAGACCUUACAGGAAGUCGAGCAGGGCGGCAGUGAAGCUAGUACGGGAAGGAGAGGAGCCUCAGUGGGGAAGAGAGCCUGGAACCCUCAGCUUGCUUCUUUGACUGGGAAGAUGGGCUUCUGUGCGCUAAAGCAGAAGUCAGGGCCUGUGGUCUGAAGAGGGCCAAACUGGGACCUCUGGAGUUUCCCUCACCAGAUGCACUCACAGAGAUUAAACUAAAUUAUAAACCAGCCAGUCUUCCCAUCGCUCUUCCCCCAAUCCUGGGCUCGAACCCAGGGCCUUUGCACAGAGCUCCAACCCCAGCUCUUUUUCAACUUUUUGAGACAGAACCUCACUAACUUCCCCAGAUCCUCCUGCCUCAGCCUCCUCAACGCUGGAAUCACAAAUGUGUACCACCACACCAUCUGCAACUGGUCUUUUGGAAGGAGAAUCCAGAUGAC